AUGCCUAUUGUGGCAGGUGUGGGUGGUUCUAGCACCAGAGAGACUAUCAGACUCGCAAAUGCAGCCGCCAAUGCCGGAGCAGAUGCAGGGCUGGUCAUUCUCCCAGCCUACUACGCUGCUAGCCUGAGCACCGACCAAGAACAAAUCAUUCAGUAUUACGUUGAUAUAUGCAAGUGGUCACCGAUUCCCCUGUUCCUGUACAAUUUUCCGGCAAACUCGGCAGGUUUGGACAUGUCAUCGGCGAUCAUCGAGGCGGUGAUACGUCAAGCGCCUAACUUAUGCGGCGUCAAACUCACUUGUGGUGGCAGCGUCGCAAAACUGAUUCGCCUAUCAUCCUUCAUCAAUAGCGAGCCGUCAGUCAAUUCAUGCCGGCCGUAUCCCUUCCUGCUUUUGGACGGGCUCAUCUCCGAUUUGACGCCAUGGAUGAAGUGCGGCGGCCAUGGAACCGUCAGCGGCAUCCCCAACUUCGCUCCUGCUGCCUCCAUGAGGCUGUGGGCACUUCUCAAUAAGCCCGACCUUACAGAAGACGAGAAGCGGGAAGCAGAGGGAAUCCAGUCCAUCCUAUCCAAUGCCGACGUGGCGGCUGUGCCUGCAGGUAGUAUGUCUUGCACAAACUCCACGGAUAUGGAAUGGAUCCCAGACGCCCACUGCUAA